CACGAAAAUGUCGCACUCGUCAGGAUCUUCUGAAGCCUCCGACCCCCUGGAUAUCCGUGAUGACGAGGGCUGGGAGGAUGCCGAGCCCGAUGUUGAAAGCAUUCAGAUCGUCAGCCUGUUCGACGACCAAGUUUUCCCCGAUGUCAAGUCUAUGAUUGAGGAUUGCAAGAAGAGGCAUCAAUUUGACUUCAUCGGCGUUCAGAAGCAGCUUGGCCUUGACUUCCUCGGCAGCAUCAAGUUGGUCAACUAUAUCCGCAGUGAAGUUAAGAACGGCAACAAAAACCCCGAUGUUUCUUCUGCCUCCAAAUUCGAGGACGACAAGUAUCUUCAGCCUACUCUUGCCGAUGACGCGGUCCUCUUCUCCCUGGAUGAGCUUGAGAAUGACGAGGAGUCAGCAGAUGCCUCCGCUCAAGCGCAGGCGUCUGGUCCUGAGGCGAGAGUCAAGGAGCUGGAAGAGGAGCUCCAAGAUAUGAAGAGGAAGUUCGCGGAAUAUCAGCAAACUGUCUCAGAGACUCUUGACCAGCGCUGGAAUGAGACAGAGCCGGCGCAGAACGGCGAGGCGGGCCCGUCUGGCACCAAGAUGGUCGCCAACGCUGUCAAGGACAAGGACGGCGUUGACUCUUCCUACUUCGACUCGUACUCGUACAAUGAUAUCCACGAGACGAUGUUGAAGGACACGGUCCGCACUGACUCGUACCGCGAUUUCAUCUACGAGAACAAGCACUUGUUCGCCGGCAAGACUGUUCUCGACAUUGGCUGUGGCACGGGCAUCCUCUCCAUGUUCUGUGCUCGCGCAGGUGCUGCGCGCGUCAUUGCCGUAGACAACAGCUCCAUCAUCGAGAAGGCGAUUGUCAACGUGCACAACAACGGUUUGUCUGAUAAGAUCACUCUGCUUCGCGGCAAGAUCGAAGAGGUCACUCUGCCAGUGGACAAGGUUGACAUCAUCGUCUCGGAGUGGAUGGGUUACUGCCUGCUCUACGAGGCCAUGUUCGACAGUGUGGUGUAUGCCAGAGACCGUUACCUGAAGAGCGAUGGUCUGCUUGUCCCGAGUCACUGCACACUGCAAAUUGCGCCAUUCGCCGAUGACGACUACGUGGCAGAGAACGUUGACUUCUGGCGCGAUGUCUACGGAUUCAACAUGAGCGCCAUGAUGGAGAAGAUUCGCCAUGAUGUGCGGAUCAGGAGUUUGACGACUGAUAAACUUGCUGCCAAGUCGUCGCAAUUCCUGGAGCUCCCUCUGCACACGAUCACCGUCCCAGAGCUCGAGUUCGUCAAGGAGUUCACUGUCGAACUCAACAAGGAUAUUGACACGCUUGAUGGCUGGUGCAUCUGGUUUGACACAUUCUUCCUGCAGUCCCGUGACGCGAAACUGCCUGAGGAUGCCAGAGCGGAGAGCUGGUCCCAGCCCGGCGUCGCAUUCACCACUGGUCCCGGGGGCAAGCCGACCCACUGGGAAUCCGGACUUUUGCUAGUCGAGCGGGCCGGUGAUGAGGGUGGAUUGAAGAAGGGCCAGAAGAUCACGGGCACCGUGAACUACAAGAAGGAGGGCAAGAACGCCAGAGGCCUGGACAUUGAAAUGAAGUGGGAAGUCGUCGGUGAAGAAAACAAAAAGUACAGCCAGCUUUGGAAUCUCUAGAUAACGUGUUGGGUAACUGUUUCAAAUGCAAGGCUGUUGGUUACGCGCAUGAAG